AUGCCCUUGGUUGCCACGUUCGACAUGGCAGCAGCUGACCUUCUUGACUUUGGGCUGGAGGAAGAGCUGCCGGAGCUGGAACCCGAGAAAGGCGCCACUGCCGAUCCAGGACCCACGCUGCCGCCAGGGCUCGGGGAGUUGCUGAGGUGCGCCGACUGUGACGGCAACGACUUCCUCCCCGACUACCUUGGCCGACCUCGCUGCCGGACUUGUGGUUCGUUUGUACAGUACCGGGUGGACAGGCCGAUGACUAGACAGGAUCACGGCCCGGCGAUGAUGAUGCAGGUGGACUUCCGCCGCCGCGCCGCCGACGACGGAACAGACGACCACGAGGUGGACCUCCUCCAGGCGAAUCCUCGGCUACUUCCCGACGAGCUCGGCGCCACGACCCUUGGGCAGGUUAAGACAGCGCGCGCCGACCUCGACCAGGACCUUCCCCACGAGAACCUCGAGCACCCUCAGCACUUGUCGCUCGGGGACAUGCGUGCUGCUUCUUCCCCUCGGAAGAAGGACAGCACAAGCACACCUUCGUGGAACUCCAGGAUGGGGCCGGAAAAGAAUGUCCGGUGGCGCGGGGGAACUCCCCCCUCGCCACCAACGUGGCGAUACGAUGUGACAGAUUUGCGGGCAUUCUCGAAAUGGUCGAGGAAAGUGCAGAUAUGGGAAAUGCAAAUCAAAACGUAUAUGACUCCACGCGAGGCCUCGCUCCUCCUCUACAGCUCCCUUUCGGGGGAGGCGGAAGCCGAACUCGAACACGCACCCCUGGACAAGAUCAACUGCGACAGCGGUAUACAGUAUAUCUUGGAGUCCCUCAGAGCACCUAUGGAACAAAAAGCUGUGUAUCAAAAACGCAAGUUUUUGUCGGAUUUCGAGCAACUUAGCCGAUAUCCAGGAGAAGGACUCCGGACCUACGCGAACAGAUACCGCCGCGUCGAAAGAUCACUGGAAGCUUUGGGAGUCAGUAUCACCGGCAUGUAUGAUUCCGAGGCCCGGGGAAAUCGCUUGCUCGAGCGUGCCCGCUUGACGCCGGCGGGCCCGAGGCUGAUAUUGGUCGGCGCCAGGUACAGCCUCGACUUCGACAACGUGCCCGAGAGCAUGGUCAUGCAGUACCCGGAGUUCAAGGCGGCCCCUCCGGUGGUGAACAAGGACGGGACUUUGGUUAGCAAGCCCUUCUUGCCCUCCCGGGACAAGGGCGGCAAAGGAGGCCACGGCACACCGGCCGGACACUCUCCUGGCAAAGGGGCUUUCCAUGACCGUGGCGAAGGACCGGCCCCCCGCAGGGUGUACGUGACCGAGGAGGCCGAGCACAUGGAGCAGAUUCCCGAGGAGCAGCCCGACCUCGUCGCCGACGGCAGCCCCGACGACGCGGACGGCCCCGACGCCGAGCAGCCGGAGCCGGACGACGACCACGACAACGAGGAGGACUACCCCGACCUCUCUGAAGUGGCGGAGGUCUUGACCGUUACUGCGAAGAAGCUUUCUGGGCUUCGGCUUGGCCGGAAGUUCAGCGGAGGACCUCGCCGAGACCCCACCGCCGUGAAGAAGGAGACGCAUUGCAAAGCAUGUGGGGCCCUGGGACACUGGAAAGGGGGACGAAGAGUGCCCUAUGACGCCAAAGCCCGGUACUCGACAUCAGGGCCUGGACCUUCCGGCAAGGGCUCACCUGGAAAGGGCCCACAGCAGCAGAGCCGAAAGCCGGCCCACCAGACCUUCUUCAUGCGGGACGCGGGCACUUACGAGGCCACCGACGUCCCCGAGUAUGGCGCCCUUUUUCAAGCCAAUGUUGUUUUCAAGGUGCAGGCCAAGCCCGAGAUGUGUGCAGAUUUUUCUCGUGUCAUGGUUUUGGACACGGCUUGCCAGCGCACCUGUUGCGGAGUCGACUGGGAAAGGAGCCACGACCGCCAGCUCAAGAAGCACGGCCUCAGCUCGCACCAGGUUUCUUGCACAGACUCGUUCCAGUUCGGAAGCAAAGACCCGCUUAAAGCGGCCCGGCGCAACUACUUGCCCGUGGGCCUCGGAGGCACCAACUUGAUUUUCGGAGUUGGCGUCGUGACGGCAAAAAUUCCCUUGCUUGCCUCCAAUAAGCUUCUGGACCGGCUUGGCAUGAUCCUUGACUUGCCCCGGAACCGCGUCUGCUUUGAGAAGUUGUCUGUCACAGUGCCGUUGCUUAGGAUCGGUGGUCACCUCACAGUCUGCAUCACUGACUUUAGCAACCAUGUCACAUGGCAGCAGCUGCAAGAGACCGUGAACUGGGAAAGCGCUCCCGUCGAGCUUGUGGCCCAAGACGUCGCAGAGACCGGGCCGAAGAGCACACCGCCGUCGCAUGGAUCGUGUGACCUCCCGCGCGCCGCCCCCACCUGGAUGGCUUCGCUGCUGGUGGUCUUCAUGAGCUUGGCGGUGGCGGUGAACCUCGACAUCCUCCCGGCCACGGUGUUCGAGACGAUCCCGCCGGUGCUGGACGUGGCCUUCAACCACCCCCCGGACCACCUGCGAGCAUCCCGAGUACGUCCGCUACGGCAACUCGUUCGGGAAGUUCGCCCGAUGCAAGAAGUGCCACCGGAGACUCCGAUGGAGCGAGCACCGAGGAGCAUGGGAAGAUCACCCAAAGGCGGGCUUCGCCACUACACUACUUUCUUCGCGACCGCCUUUACCAUGCUCUGCCAAUAUCUUAUCGGAGGCGGCGCCAUCGAGCAGCACAGCGUUCCGGCCUACAUCCCGGACUUCCCGCACCGGCGCCGCGGCGAAGGCUUCCCCGAAGAAGCGAUCGGCACGCCGAGCUCCGGCGAGCAGCGCCUCCGAGAUGGACGUCGAUCCCUGGAAGCUGCUCAACGCCGAGGACUCGGAGACCUACGACUGGACCGAGGCCGCGUGAAGCGGCUCAAGGGCACAUGGGCAAAAUCAGCAAAGGUGCUCGAGAGCGAGAAGGGGAUCUACGAGGCAGCACCAUCGACUACCACGCGGCCGCCCCCGACGGUGGACUACUUGUCUGUUUUCCCGGACCACUACCACAUCAGGGACGGCCUCGCCUCAAGACGAAUAUCCUCUUUGACUUUUUCUGCUGGGGUGGCCGACCGUCUUUGCGACGACCCUGAGGGAUGGAGAGGAGCACUACGAGCACUACGGCGGCUUCGGCCACACGUUCUUUGCCUCUCCUACCUCGACUUCUUCCCCGACGGCACCCUCGGCAACAACAUGCACCACCUCCUGGCCGAACAGGUUGACCACGGCAGGGCCUUUAUCAUGAUGACGAGGCCCGGCUCCAGCCUGGGAGCACACUACCAGCAGUUAGCCGACCACUCCUUUGCAACAACCCGGCUGGCUAGAGACACCCCGGUGCACGUGUACACCAACAUUCCCGGAGCCGCGGCGACCCUUGCCGACACCGACCACCAGACCGAGCUCCUCGAGCCCCUCCUUGGCACGAUCACGGACUAUGUCGUCGGCAAGGAACCCCUGCGGUUCGGCAUCUACGAGGCCUUCGUCAGCUACCGCACCCCCGUGACCGAGCAGGCCGCCUGGAACGAGAUGGCCGAAAUGCUGCACCGCUCCUUCGGCACUUCGAGCUCUCGGCCGUUCUACGUGGACCCGGCCGGGGAGGUGGGGCAAAAGAUUUCGGAUUUGUUUCGGCUGCGUUUGGCCCGGAUCCAGUGCGUGCAGACACCCACUCAGAGGAGGAUGCCGACCGACAUCCCCUUUACUGCCAGAGCAGCCUUUUUGAUGUAUGCCGACGGCAGCCGCGCCGUCGAGGUGGAAGACCUCAGCCUGGUUCAGCAGCCGAAGCAGCGUUUUUCCAAGGCGGUGAGGUACGCUAUUUUGGCGUAUGGUGACCUCAUCGAAGAUCAGGCAGAGACCCCGGAGCAGCAAAACCCCGAGGUCCCAGUCGCCGGCCUGCCGACCGACAUCACCUUUCCAGGCCUGGCUCCUACUGUGCCUCUUGAGGCCAUCCGGCGGCUUAAGUGCGCCACUUGUGACCGACUUCGUGGACGUUCAGUGAUCGUGUUGGGGGUCGUGGACUCAGCUACGAGAUUGCACCAGGCGGCCAUUCUUCCUUCGAGGGACCCUGAAGUUGCAUACGAGGCGCUCGAGCGAAUCUGGCUGCACCCUUUUGGCCUCAUGGUGGAGCUUGCCGUCGAUCCGGACGGCACCUUUCAAGGAGCUUUUGAAGAGCGUCUUCGCUCACACGGCGUCCUCGUGAACUACUGUGCCGCGGACGCACACUGGCAGAUAGGACAGGCGGAAAGACAGAACGCCUUCCUCCGCACGGUGAUCGAGAAGUUGGUGGACACCUUCGCGGCCACCGACGUGACCGAGAUGCAGCUCCUGUUGGAAGGAGCGUACCAAGCAGUUUUCGGCCGCGUUCCUCGUUUGCCUGGUGGCCUCUUUUCCGACAGCCACGCCCUGGCGACAACAGCGACCACAGACGCCGCAGCCUCGGCCGAGAUCGUCAGGGCCGAGGCCACCAAGACGAUAGCCGACCUCAACGUGAAGCAGAGCUUGCGGCGGGCCAUUCUCCGAAAGACCCGCAACGUCCGCGUGGCAGAUCUCCAGCCCGGCCAGCCUUGCGCCUACUGGAGAUGGAGGAAGCGCGGCAUCAAGAAGCGGGGUCAGGGACUUCAACUGCCAUGGUCGCCAACCGGCUUUGAGGCCUGGGUUCCGACCGAGGAGGAGGUUCGGCUGCUGAAGGAUGCCGCCAAGAACCUGGACAGUUCUGUGUGGGCCGACGAGACGGGCCCGCCGCCACCAAAGAGGCAGCUCGACGAGGACGAGGUGGACUUGGACACCGAGCUCUUCGACGGCGCCACCCCAGAGCUUGCAGCAGCAACGGCGGCAAUACCGCAGACACCUCCGACCGGGCCAGCGCCUUCUAUUCUGGGAGAACCAGGUCUGCAGAUGAGCCAACAGAACCAGACGGUGGUGAUACAGCCCCACCUGCAGCAGACCAUCAUCCACAACACGGCUCGUCUUGGGGACCCUGCACAAGGAACAACAAGCGUUACCGCCAGGACCUCCAGCGCCACACCGGUCCCUGUGCCACCGACGCCUUUGCAGAGAGGACUGGAGUCAGCUCAGUACGAGUCGGCCGACUUCGCAGACAUUCCUGGCAUGGAAGAGGAACCUCCUGUACCACAAGCGUUUCCCGAGGUGCCGCCCGAAACCACGACCACAGACCAGCAAGACCACUUGGAACCCCCUGUACCACAAGCGCCGGCAGCAGCUCCAAACCCCAACAGUUCCAGAGUGUCACCAACGACACCGGUGACCAGCCAAGCAGACUCGUCUACCGGGCAGCCCGAGACCCUACUGCCCGCCAAGCGGCCCUUUGACUCCUUGACCACCCUCUUCUAUGAGCACGGCAACCUUCACCACUACGUUCCCGGCGUCACCUUUGACGAGGGCUAUGGUCCCAAGGCCGAGAACUGCUACGAGGCCUACUUAAGCUCCGCCUACCGCAAGGACGACCUCAAGCACUCCAACAAGGACCCCGCCGAGACCGACACCAGCGACUCUGACUGGGACGACAGCGCGCCGGGAAAGCACAACAAGAAGCCGCUCACCAGGGCAGAAGCCAAGGCCUUGGACCGUGAGAUCCCUUGGCGCAAGAUCUUGGACAUGAACGAGAAGGACAUUGAAGCCUUCAAGGCCGCCACCGUGAAGGAGGCGAAGAGCUGGGAGGAAUGGGGGUCAGUCAAGCCCUUGUCGCACGCCGAGGCGGAGCGCGUGCUCAAGGACAAGAUCCUCUCGAAGCGCAUCCUCAGGACCCGCAGCUGCUUCCGCAACAAAAGCCGGGGACUAGCUGAGCUGGUCCCGAAGUGCCGGGUGGUGGCGUUGGGACACAAGGACCCCGACAUCUUCCGUCUCAAUCGAGAGUGCGCUACCCCGAACAGGACCUCAGAGCACAUCUUGUUUAUUUGCGUGAUGGUGGCGGGCCACAACAAGGAGUUCGACGACAGCGGCCUUAGCUGGACAGCCUGGAGCGGCGACGCGAGCACCGCCUUCCUGCAGGGCGACAUCAAGGACUCGGAGCGGGACCAGCCGCUCUACUUGCUGCCCCCCACCGACGGCAUCACUGCCAUGACGGACUGCUGGAAGGCCCGGCUCUACCUGGUGUGUACCAACAUCUACGGGCUCAGCAACGCGCCCAGGCUGUGGGCACUUACUGUGAUUGCCCGGCUCAAAGAGAUUGGCUACCAGCAGCACGCCUUCGACAAGAUGGUUUUCCUUAAGUACCGCGAUGGGCAGCUGGUGUCCAUUAUCAUCGUCUAUGUCGACGAUUUCAUUGGAGCCACCGAGGUCACUCAGGCCUUCCGCUGGGGCGUCCUCCAGGAGUUCGCCCUCAACAAGACCGUCACCUUCAAGGGAAAGCAGCUCACCCUGAAGGAGAAGCCCGGAGGCCGUGUUUACCUCCACGUUUGCCAGAAGGAGUUCAUCGAAGGCAUGUCUCCUGGGAAGAUUCCACGCGGGAGCGGCCUCGACCAGCUCCUCGACGACCAGAAGGCAGAAUUCCGAAGCAUAGCCGGCUGCCUCCAAUGGAUCAGUGGCCAGACAAGGCCAGAGCUGGCCGCAGUGAACAGUUUGGCAAACCACGGCUCUAAGACGACCCUCGCGGACCUUCGCGACCUCUACCAGGCCGUAGACUUCGCACGGGAGACCAAGGAGGACGGCUUCAUCAUCCCCGACGUGCCCCUCAACAAGGCCACGGUGGUUUUGGCGUACUCCGACGCCAGCUGGGCAAACGCUGAGCAGAGCAGGUCCCAGUAUGGAGUGCUGAUCGUGCUUUGCAGCACGGCAGUGUUGCAGAGGACCGUUCCGGCCAUGAUCGUGGACUGGAAGUCUUGCCGAUCCCAGAGGGUGUGCCGCUCGACCUUGGCAGCUGAGAGCUGCGCUGCAGACGAGGCCUGCGACAGGAGCUCUUACGUGAACAUGUUCCUGGGAGAGCUCCUCUACGAGGUGCCCGCGCACCGAGUCGGCCAACGACUCCACAACCUUGCCGCCACGGAUGCCAAGAGCCUCUACGAUGUGGUGGUCAGUGAUUCUCCGAACCUGAGUGAUAAGCGCUCCCUGGUAAAUAUCAGGGCUAUACAGGAGGUCGUAGCCGCCGAAAGAUUCCACUGGGUUCCUACCACUCUCAUGUGGGCGGACUCUCUUACCAAGCAGUCCCUGGAACUCCAGCUUUCAAUGCACGAUUGGCUGCAGAACCCCACAGCUACCUUAAAGCAGUAG